UCACGGAACAUGUCAAUUCAGACCCUCAGCACUAUCCGUAGCACGCAGCUGUAGACACAACGUGCGAACUGCGUGCAGAGCUGAGCUUAGUUUCGAUUAAAGUGUGAGCGACUGGAAGGCUUUUAUUAAGUUAAUCAUGGCAGAUGAAGAAAUGUCUCCUCUUGAGCUUAAAGUGGCAAGACAAAUCGAGUACUACUUUGGGGAUCAUAACCUCCCAAGAGACAAAUUUCUCAAAGAACAAUUACAGCUUGAUGAUGGCUGGGUAACACUGGAGACUAUGCUAAAAUUUAACAGACUGAAGGCUUUAACGACAGACACCACUGUUGUUAUAGCAGCACUACAAAAAUCAAAGAUGGGUUUACUGGAGCUCCAUGAUGACAAGACUAAAAUCAGAAGAUCUCCUAACAAGCCGUUACCUGAAGUUAAUGACGAAUACAAAGCAAAUAUUGCUCACAAAAGUGUGUAUAUGAAAGGUUUUCCUCUGGAAACUUCUCUGGAUGAAAUUCAAGAAUGGCUGAAUGGAAAAGGCAAAAUAGAAAAUAUUCAGAUGAGAAGAAACCUACAAAAGCAAUUCAAGGGAUCAGUGUUCAUCUGUUUUGACACUGAAGAGUCCUCAAAGCAAUUCCUAGAACGUUCAGACGUAAAGACUUUCAAGGACAAUGAGUUGCUAGUGUUGUCCAGAGAAGCUUAUCAUGCAAAGAAAGCAGAGGAGAGAAAACAAUUUAAAGCGGAGAAUAAAGCUAAAGCAAAGCAGGACAAAGAAAAACACCAAAAACAAACCGAGGACAAAGAAAUGGAGUUGCUCUUGGAUGAACAGACAGGAUGUCUGUUAAAAUUUUCUGGAGAGCUUCAAAAUGUUUCAAGAGAAGACUUUCAUGAAUUAUUCUCUGGCUACGGAAAGAUCAAAUGGGUCGAUUUUACCAGAGGUGCCAAAGAGGGCACGCUCCUAUUUGAUGGAAAUGCAAAGGAAGCCUUUGAUAAGGCCAAAGAGGCAAAUGAAGGGGAAUUGAAAAUCAAGGACAACACAGUUACAUGGCAGUUACUUGAGGGAGAUGAGGAGAAGGAAGAAUUAAAGAAGAUAAUUGAAGCUCAACAAGACUCUUACAGGUCCAGAGGCAGAGGUGGUAGACGCCCAGGUGGAAGAGGAAGAGGAGGCAAAAGGGGUAGGGGUGGCGGCAGAGACAGAGAUCAGGGCAGACAUCAUUUCCAAGGAAAGAAGACCAAAUUUGAUAGUGAUGAUGAAGGCGAUGAUGAGAAUGCACCUGCAGCUCCAAAGAGAGAGCUAGAAGAAGCAGAAGCUCCUCCAGCCAAAGUUGCCAAAACAGAGAAUGGAUCUUAAGUUUUAAAAAUCACUCAAGAGUUUUUGUCAUUUGUAAAAACAUUUAUAACAAACCGCAAAAGACAGAAAUUGCUUUAGUCCAUUCCAUUGCAACUUUCAGGAUUUGGAGAAUCUUAAGAAAUCCACCUGGAUAUCCACCUAGGAAGUAAGACAUUAAAUGAACCCAUGUAUCUUAAAAGUAGUGUUUAUUUUAUUAUACUUAACUGUACAUUAGGACUAAUUUCUUUUGAACAAGCGCUUAAUGUCAAAUAUUUGACAUUCAGUAAGUCCUAUUUGCUGUGUUGAUUUGUAAAGAAUUGAAUACUUUUUUUUAUAGUUUGCAUAGAAAAUGGUAAAUAAAACAAAAUGUAAGCCCAAUAUUGGAAACUUUAUUUUUUAUUCAUAUCUGGUUAUACAAAUGAACUUACCGAUUUCUUUUUGUGAAACUUGUAAGAUGCUGGUAAAUCAUAUCUUAGUUCUGUAAACAAACAGUUGGGCUAUGUUAAACACUUAUUUGGCUUUCAGUGUUAAUGUUUUAUUUUGUCUCACCUGCUACUACUUCCAUUUUAACACCCCAAUCAUGUGCCUUUUUCUUUAUGUGCUAUAAAAUUGGUGUUUACUGUUAGUUUGUUUUAGUUUGUUUUUUUAAUGCUUUUAAAAAAAAAUGGAACCCUUA